AUGGGAAAUGAAGAAACAAGGAAAAGUGAGAGAAAUCAGAACAAGAACCAAACUAGAAAACUGUAUGCAUAUGGGAGUACGCAGCCUCUCACUAUAAUGGGUAGUUUCACAGCAGAUGUAAAACUCUGUACAGGAUCAACAAGUAAACAGACUGAAGCAGAAUUCUUUGUUUUAAAGGAAAAAGGGAAGUCACUCUUGAGCAUGACUUUAGCUUUAGAACUUGGCGUAUUGAGGCUAGGGCCUGAGGAAAAUUCUGUUGCUAUCAGUCAGGUUGAAAACUUGAAAGGAAAGUACUCAAAGUUGUUUACAGGACUCGGUAAACUUAAAGACUUUGAAUUAGAAAUACCUAUUGAUAAUAUUGUGAAGCCUGUGGUUCAAUCCAGCAGGAGGAAUAUGUUGUAUAUUAUAUCCGGAUAA